AUGCAAGUGAAUGCGCACUUCUCUCUACAAAAAUUCGCCACCUAUGCACUGCGUGUAUUGAAAACAGUUAAGGUUGUAAAAAAUGUAGAUGUAAAUGGUGAAGCACGCGCAAUGCGUUGGACAGGGACUCAAGAGGAAACUGUGUCCAUGCACAAAAGCAAAGACCAAAUAACUAGGAAAAGAGCAGAAAUCAAACAACAAUGA